AUGGGCUGGGAUCCACCGCAUGCAGAGAUGUUCAUGGAUGGUAGCGUCACCGCUCUCGGCAUCCACGCAAACACCACGAUUUCCAUGGAUGCCUACGGGACUUACUUCGACAUUGAAGGGAGCUUCCUUAACUUGUUCUCAGCAUCCCUGGAUAUAGAAGCCAACUACGGAUCACUGAAUGAUACUGAGUUUUCAGUAACAGGGACCUUUAACAGCGAUCUUUCCAGUGCUCUGGAGGACAAGGUUGGGGCUCUACUAGAUAACGUCGUGAAGGAAGCCAAAGCUGCACUGGGUGAUGCCGGCAGUGUCAUGAUGAACGCCCACCAAGCAUGUGAUGAUGCAAUGGCAGUCUUUAAUAUGGCUCAGAUUGACGUUGCAAAGGUGGCAGUGGAAGCAACCAGGAAUACACUGACUGUUACUGAGGCGGUCAAUGCAGCUGCCCAGCAGGAGGUGGACAAUAGUAAAUGGACACUAGAAGCUGCCAGAGCUAUUUUAGAAGCAUCUCAAGUCGCUGUCCACGAGUCAUGCGAUAUCGGCGUUGCUGCUGCAGAGGCAACACUAAAUGCUACCCUGGAGGCCAAUUCGUUUGGCCUCGAAGUCUCUCAGAAAGUCGAGGAAGACAUUUUCGUAAAGGAAGCGAAGAAGGCAUUGGACAAUGCCCACAAUGACGUCAGCAUCGCCGAGCAAGCAUGCGCUGACGCAGCAAGAAGUUUUAAUUUUGCACUGGCUGAUGUUAACACUGCACAAGAUGAAUAUGACAACGCGGUUGCAAAUUGGGAAGAUCUGAGACAUCCGUUGGAGACUGAACAGGCAAAUGUCGACAACGCUGUUGCUGCACUGAACGAAAAGCUGCAAAACUGCGAGUCCCGUGACUGUUCCUUCUUUGACGUUGUUUGUGUGGCUGAGCAGGCUGUGUGCACGGCUGGUGCGGAGGUGCUAAAGACUGCAGUACAAGCUGCCGAGACGGCGCUAAACGCUGCCCAACUGGCCUUCAAUGACGCCCAAGCAUUGGUAGACAACAGUCUCCAGGCUCUUAAUUCCGCAAAUGAUGUUUGGGAUGAGACAAAAGACCUUGUGCACGACAAAUGCGAUGUUGACUUGGCCAACGCACAGGAAGCAGUGGUUGCUGCACAGGAAAUGUCAGAGAAGGCAACACUUAGGGCUCAGGGAGGAAUGUUCGACAUCCCGGACAUGGACAUUGGCGUUCCCUUGUUGAGCAUCCAGGACAUUGCUUUCAAUACUUCUGUAGCCCAGGCAGAGACAGGAAUCUUCGACGGCGUGAUGACGGCAUCGUUCUUUGGAGGCGAUACCACGACGAUGGGCAUUCCAAUCAACGUCUUCUCCAUUGACGGCAUGGCUAGCUCAAUCAUUGACAAUAUGGCCGACUUCCCGGGCGGCAUCCUCCCCGAGCUACAACAGCUUCUCACCGGCCCAGUUGAAGAUUCCUACACCGUCAGCGCAGACUGCAGUGUCAACCUGGCUCUCAGCGUAAUGACGUAA